AUGGGACUCAAGUUCCCUCAUAUCAAGAUCGUCUUUGGCGCGGUCGUCUUCCUAUCUCUGUUGUUCUUCACUCUAUCAUCCUACCGAGUCUCUGGUGUCCUUCCCAUCCAUCUCUCCAACGAAAUUCCUUCCAUUCGUACUGUCACAGCCACGGUCACUGUCACAGCGACGACGACGUUUACAACCGCCAUAACCACAACCUCAAUCACGAAAACUAAAGUUCAAACCAAAACAUCUCCUCCCGAAUCGACCACAACCACAACUACAAUCGACCCCAGCCAGCUCGAUAUUGAGCAAAUCGAAGCCGACUUCCCGCUAGGCUAUAAAAACCCGAACCCGUGGUUCAGAACUCCUGCUUCACCGAGGACAUAUGCGAAGGACUUGAUGAGCCUGCUAACCGACGAUCAGUUGGCUUUGUUACCUGGUUUCCGAGCCGCUGCUCUAAAUUGGCCUGAAAAAGUACGAAAAAUCGAGAGCUUUUACGGAAUCAAUAGGACUGGUUCAUGGCAAGAUCACAUCAACUCACUGGAUGAUGAUGGCCUUUCUCCGUUGACAAAAUGGGCCCAACAGUACAUCUACGACCAUCAGCACCCAGAAGAUUGCACAGGAAAGAAGUUCUACGUUCUUAAGAAUAAAUGGCCUCGUCAUGGACUCGGCGCUAUUAUUCGUCGCGUAUUUAUCGAAAUGUCCGCGGCAAUCCAGACCGACAGAAUCCUUAUCUUUGAUCCAGAAGACUCUCCUGGGAACACAUUAGUCGAAGAAACUUGCGGCAAGCACGUCGGAGCGAAGGCUUCUUUGGAGUGUGUCAUCGAACGAUUGUCAUCUUGUGCGUCUUAUGCGACAAAAGAAAACUCAGUCCAUCAAAUCGACCCUUCAGAAGUUAAGGAUGGGAAGAUCAGGGACACCGUCCCAUUCGCCGAAUUGGCCUACAGUUCGUAUUUCGGCGGGUCAGGCGUUUCCCCUGGCGGAUCAGUUUUGAGAUACUGGUGGCGAGCGCAACUUUACGGCUAUAUUCUCCGACCAAACCGCGCAGCAUUAGAAAGGAUGACAGAGUUGAGAUUGAACAAGACACUUCAUCAGGGUGUCGAAACCAACCGUGGAAAUGUUGAGGAGCCCGAGGCGCGUGAAGUUCCGUUUCCGUUGCCGCCUUCGACAGUCUCGAUACACAUCCGACAUGGCGACAAGGCAGGAGAAGGACGUCUAAUUUCGACACGGGAUUAUAUUGUCGCGGCGGAGCGUUUCAUUCUUCGGAAUCCACUAAGUUACAUAAAACGAGCAUUCAUGAGCACCGAAGACCCUGGUGCAAUCGCUGAGGCAAAAAGAACGCCAUUCGUCAACCCUGUUCGAAGUUUUGGGAACGUAGAUUGGACCUGGUACUACUCCAAUAUCCCACGUGUAGAUGGAGGGCCCCAGGCCAAUCUUGCACUCGCACAUAACAAAACCGACUCACUACUUACGCAUAUGAUGCAAUUAUGGAUGGCGGUUGAGUGUGAUACGUUCGUUGGGAAUCGCAACUCAAAUUGGAAUAAGAUGAUCGAUGCAAUUCGCUGUACCUUGAUGGAUAAGUGCCGCGCCCCUUACAUCGACGCUGGAUUCGUAGCAGAUUGGAUCAAUUUCCCAUAA